AAGAGAUUAAGUUUCUAUGUGAUAUUGGUUUAAACAAACCAAGGGUGCCAGAACCAAAAUAAGAUGUUCCACUACCAAUUCUGCAACACAAGACAAGUACAUCAUUCCAUCCAUUGAUAACAAGAUGAUAAGCAACCGAAUUAGCGACUGUUCCUGCACCCGCAAUAACAAUUUGUGAUUGCGAUGGUAAUUUCAAAUAUUCGAUAAAUGGCGCUUCGAAGCGAUAUCGAUUAAUAAAUCGAAACAUUUAAAAUCACACUUCGAUUAUCGAACCGUUAUAAAGCAAUCGUUCAAAAUGGAAGCGGCGUUUGUUCUUCCGUUUUUAUCUACAAAUUGUUAUUUUUGAUAAAUUAAGUGUCUCUUGUUGUUAUCAGAGUGUAUUUCAUAGCUAUUUUUACUAAGAAUCACUGUUAAUAUAAAAAUUGUUCAUAAUGUGGCUUGUAGUGUUAAUAUUUUAUACUUUAAAGAUAUUGUGUAUUUUUAUAUUCAUUAUGUACUGCGUUAUCACCUUCCUCAUGGUUAUGUACAACAAUGAAAUAGAGGAGUUGAGAAAAUGUAUCGCAAUCCCAAAUGCAAAUCCGGAAGCAGAAUUUCCAAUUGAAAAUCGCGAUAGCGUGGACGAUAAAUUGGAAGUGCUAACAGAAAAACUGGCGGAGAAGGAGCACGUACUACAACGUUCACAUUGCGCAGUAAAUCAUGCGGAGAUGGUAUUAAAUGAUUUGGAAAAUAAAACAUCAACUUGUCGAGAUCGGUAUCGUAUAUUGAUGAUCGAUCUGAAGGAAGACAUUCGAAAAACCGAGGAUGAGGUAAAAACAUUGCAAGAUCAAAUUUCGAAUUUAUCGAUUAGGCGGGAAGCACUUAGAGGCGAAGUAAUAAAGCAACAAGAAAAUUAUCAAAAAAUGUUGAGUAAUUUUACCAAAGAAAUAAAAGAUACCAAGACAUUAUUUUCUUCAGGAAUGAAGAAAUCAAGGCAAACUCGAUAUUGUUUUUCAUACUAAACAGAAAAUUGGAACGAGCUAUUGAGAGAAGGUAGCACCGAGUCAAUUAAGGAUACAUUUAAUAUUUUCGAUCGAAUGGUAAUUUAUUUAGUAUUCACAAUAUGUACAUUCGAAUAAAUGAUGAAUAUGAAAGUUCUA